CCGUCGCUGUGGUGUACACAUAGCUGCUGUGGCCGAAUCACGGAGCUGAGAGUGUGCGCGCGCGCGCGCGCGCGAGGCAGAGAGAGAGAGAGAGAGAGAGAGAGAGAGAACGAAUGCGUGAGCGCAGUUGAAGCCACAAAAUACAGCGAAGAAGCGGCGUUUUAACACAAAGACUCCACCAUACCGAGAAGAUGAACUACACGGAUCCGCAGUGGCGAGAAAAGAGGAGCCGCGGCGUCUAAAGGUGGACUGUAGAGAGUAAGGCAGGGAUGCUCUGCUCAGAUCGAGGUAACUGAUGUGGUUUGAAUUGAAGUAGGACUCAUGAGAUGGCGGAAGUGGCCCAUCCAGCAGCUCCAGCCGGGGAUUCGGGAUCGAGUCAUAUCGGAUCAUUUUUGGGAAAGGGAGGUUUGUCUCUCCAGAGCCGUGUCUGAUGCCUGGCUAUGCUCUCGUGGUUUCCUGUGUUCUGCACAGAGCUGUAGCACCAAGUCCCAGAUCUCCCAGAUGUGCUGAAAGGGAGCACGCUGCGCACAACUGGAGGAAGUGCAGUUCAGUUUGUGUGGACUUGUCAGUGUUAUAAGUGGAAGUUGUUUCCCUGCCCCUAGCCUGUAGCAGCUGUGAGCAGCAGUGGUGUACCAGCUGUGUCUGUGAUGGAGCGCUUUCCUGUGCACUGAGUGUGCUGCUGUCAGCACUGCAGACAUGUCUGCUUGCAACACAUUCACUGAACACGUGUGGAAACCUGGCGAGUGCAAGAACUGCUUCAAGCCCAAGAGUCUGCACCGCCUACCUGAGGGGGGUCCACACAAGUGUCCCCCUGAACCAGUCCUCACCCAGCACAGUCAUACCUCCACAGGAGGCACAAAUAACAUUAACCACCCAAGCCACUCACCCACAGGGGGCAGGGCUAUCAUCAACGCUAACCUUGCUAGCAACUCUCAGAGAAGCAGCAGUACUUCCCGUUCUGGCCAGUUCCGCCCUCCUGUAGCAAAAAAGCCCACAAUUGCGGUUAAGCCCACCAUGAUGCUCCCAUGCUCUGGAUUGGGGCUAGAUUUAGAAGGAAAUCCUCAGAAGCUCGUAGAGGGGGCAGAGCCUGGAAAAGCUUCAGCUUUUACCAUUUGGAAUCGUAAUGGCUUAAACCGGAAGAGGCCCUCAGAACCAAACAACAAUGAACGAAACGAUGAAAGGGUAGACAUGCAGGGGUUUGCUUCUCUCUGUCCCCCAAGCAGUAACAAUAACAAUGGCCUAACGGAUGUGCUGAAGGAGAUUGCAGGUUUGAGCUCAAAUCUGAGCUCCAGCAGGGACGAUUUCUUGGGCCGGAUCAGCUGCUCAUAUAGGCGCUCCUUGGAGAGAGGCUUGCCUGCGGCCAGCUGCCUGACCUUGGGUCGUAGCAGCAGUGCAAAUAAACGUGUCUCUUUGAGUGACAGUGCAGAGAUUAUCAGUUCGGAGGGGGGACGCUUCUGCUACCCAGAAUUUUCCAGCGAUGGAGAGGAGGAUGAGGAAUAUGAAGAGGAAAGUGAGAGUGAUGAUGAUGGUGAGCACGAGAGCUGGGAUGAGAGUGACGAAGAGCUUUUGGCUAUGGAGAUCCGGAUGAGGGGUCAGCCACGUUUUGCUAAUUUCCGUGCUGCAACUCUGUCUCCAGUUCCCUUUGCAGCUGGUAAGAAGUGGAACACUGUGCCUCUGCGGAACCGCUCACUGCAACGGAUCUGUGCUGUUGACUAUGAUAGUUAUGAUGAGAUUCUGAAUGGCUAUCCUUCCAUGGACUCCAGUGGAGCACCUAGCCUGCUUCCAUAUGGCUCUGACCCCCAGGGCAGUGGAUUCCUGUCUAACUCCGAGUCCAUCACCUCACCAGAGUCCUCAUCAUCUCUACCUGAAGACUCCUGCACAUCCAGCAGUGGCAGUAGUGUCUCCCGUAACCAGCCUAAUGGUUUACACCCUGUUCCAGUUAGCAGAGACUCUGCAGUUCAAGACCCAGCAGGCCGAGCAUUGAGCUCACCUAAAGCCACUGAGACACACAAAGCUGUUCUGGCCAUCCGAUUACAGGAUCAAGAUAUUAAUCAGAGAGAGGGUGGACCUCUUCCACAGGCACUCCCUGGCCAGCCAAUCACAAUAAGCUUUAGCCCAACGGAGGAGCAGCCUAAACCAUACAGAGUAGUGAGUUUGGAGAAGACUCCCAUCUGUAAGCCUUACACUGUGGUGGAUGUGUCAGCUUCCAUGGCCAGCACUGAGGAACGAACUACUGAGAGCGCUGCCAAGCCCAGAGGCCCAAUCACAGCACUGGGUCCCCCACCCUACCCAGGAGCCUCAAAAAACAUCCCCCUGUCUGCUUCUCCUCUCUCCCCAAAAUCACCUAUAUCACCCAAAACUCCACUUUCUCCUAAGUCUGCAGUAGUGUCUCCAACCACUCCAAUAUCUCCAUUCACUUCACUUUCUCCAUCAGUACCAGUCUCUCUAAGUACUGCCUUAGCCAAUGCUGCUACAUCCAGCCCUUCUUGUAAGAAGUCUGGGAACAUUCGUUACCAAGAGGUGUGGACAUCCAGCACUAGCCCUCGGCAAAAGAUCCCCAAAGUAGAGUUGCUUAGUGGUACGCCGUCUGGGUCAUCAGUCCCUCCCAGACAUGGCAACCAUAAAUCAGCUCCCACCUCCCCUGUUGCUGGUAUCUCCUCUUCACGCACCAUACCUGUGAAAUCACCUAAUUUGUCAGAGAUCAAAUUUAACAGCUACAAUAAUGCUGGUAUGCCUCCUUUCCCAAUCAUCAUCAGAGAUGAACCCACAUAUGCACGCAGUUCAAAGAAUGCAGUGAAAGUGCCCAUUGUGAUUAACCCAAGUGCAUAUGAUAAUCUGGCUGUGUAUAAGAGCUUUCUGGGUGUAAGUGGGGAGUUGCCACAGACCAAGCUGGGAACAGGAGGUCGAGUACCCAGCCACACAUAUGAGGAAAUCGGGAACUCUGAAAAUGCUCAGUCCUCACCCAUAGAACACAAGCCCACCAGAAAAUUUGUCACAGCUGAUACUAAGGAAGAGCUAAAAGCUAAAAGUUUCCCUGAGUGCAGUACAGCAGCCAACAUUUCAGUUACUGUUUCCAGUCCUAGGACAAACAUUGUCCCCACUCCUAGCACUGCCUCUAGCAGUCUGACAAAAAGCAGCUCCAUUAAACUCAACAGUAGCUGUAACCCCAGUGAGGAUUCACCUGCGGCAGGAAGCAGUGAGUGCCAGACCUCCACUAGCACUGGAUCAGGGCACAGGGAGAAGGCCAGCAUGGUGCUGUCUCAAAUAGUAGCCUCUAUCCAGCCACCCCAAUCUCCUCCAGGCUCACCCUCUGCUUACAGCAAGACAUGUAGUGCUGAAGAGCUCUACUCUCUUCCCCCCGAUGCCACUAAGGGUACUCUCAGCAGACCCAAAUCCCUCCACUGCCCUACUGAGAGUAGCCUGUCCAAAUCUCACAAGGACACGCCAUCCAAGCUCUUGCCUAAGUCUCAGAGCGCCUCAGCAGCUGAGGCUUCUACAAGUCCAAAAUCUGAACCCAGUGCCCCUUUCCCCCCACCCAGAUCCACCUCUUCUCCAUAUCAUGCCAGUAACCUGCUUCAGAGGCACUUCAGCAACUGGACCAGACCCAUGGGCUCCAGGCCCAGUGAUGGAGAGGUAAGCCCUGUGGCAGAAGGCAGACGCUCAACUGACAUUAACAGGCCCAAACGUUGGAUCUCUUUCAAGAGCUUCUUCCGCCGGCGGAAAGAUGAGGAUGAACAAAAAGAGAAAGUGGAGAAAGAGAAAGAGAAAGGGAAGCUGGUGGGUUUGGAUGGGACUGUUAUCACCAUGCUACCUCCUCCUCCUCUCCAGAGGCAGCACUGGUUUUCAGAGUCAAAAACAGAUGAUCCCAACCAGAAACCCACCAUUAUAUUCACCUAUAAGCCAGACAGUGGAUCAGGAGGCGAUGGGGAGGCAGAGCUCAGGGUGGAGGAGAGUAGUGCAGGUGCAGCUGGAGUGCUGUCAUUCAACCAGUCAGGCCCCCCUAAGAGCAGAGCCAGCCUCUUGAUCAGCAAAGUGAUGAGUCAGAUGCCAGCACAGGGAUCAGAGGCAGACAGCUCCGCCAUCACUUCUUUGCCGGCCAAACUGGAACUGCCGACCGUGAGCGAGCCGGCCGGCCUCUCGAAGCACGCUGUGGCUCGCCCACUCUCACCCAGCAUCAGUCUAGGGGAGCCAGAGGAGGACGAGGGUACACACACACACUCUCACUCACACUCCCCUGCUUCCAGCUCUUGCAGUGCCACCUACACCAACCUAGGUCAGUCCAGGGCCAGUUUGAUCCCUGCAAAGCACCCCAGACACCCCAAGACCUCUGAUGAUACGCUUAAUUCUGAAACUGAAGGGUUCAAUCCAGGUGCCAAAGCCACUCCCCCUCCUUUGCCAAAGAAAUCUGUGCCACGAGCCAACACAGAGCAAUCACUGACCAGAGAACCGAUGACCCGCCGGCCCCGGGGCGAAGUCAAGCCAGGCGGCGCCAGCUUGAGCGUGGCAAAUCCACUUUAUGACCUGGACUCCACCUGGGAGACUGCUAGUCAGAGCUCCUCGCUCAGCUUUGAUGCCCGCCAGCUAGACGAGUCAGGGGACUCUCUGGAGAGGUCAGCGGCAGGAGGACGGAGCCUGUCCCGCUCAGCCAACAGCAGCACAGCCCCAGAUCAGGAGAGGCAGGGCUGCCGCAGCACAGAGAGCCUUGCAGCCAGUAAGACCCACAGACUUGCUCUUUACAGAGGUCUGGAGAGCUGGGAGGAGGUGGCAGGCCGCAUCCGCGGUCUACACGCCGACACGUUGCGCAAACUGGCUGGGCGCUGUGAGGACCGCUUCAUGGCUGGUCAGAAAGACCAUUUGCGCUUUGGCACAGACAGCUGGUCCCACUUCAGACUGACCACGGGCAAGCCAUGCUGCGAGGCAGAAGACGCUGUUUACUACACAGCCGCUUACGCUAAGGACCCGCUCAUCAACUAUGCUGUUAAGAUCUGCAGGUACAAGGUGAAGGAGACACAGCAGCAGUUCUUCCACAGCCUGGCUAUCCGACAGAGCCUUCCUGUGCACUUCAACAUCCAGCAGGACUGUGGCCACUUCCUGGCAGAUGUGCCUGCCCGGCUUCUGCCCUGGGAGGAUGAGGAGGGGAGCGAUGAUGAGAGGGAUGAAAAGAGAGAGGAGGAGCGAAAUCUGGAGCAGAAAGGUGGAGGGAGCAAAGAGUUGUUGUCUGAAGGGAAGAGGCAGGCCGAGAGAGGGCAUGGGAACAUAGCAGUGCCGGUGGACAUGGCAUGCCAAGGCGGGAAGUUGCGCAGCCGAGUGGUGGUGAUCACACGUGAGGUCCCAUUCCAGACAGUGGCCGAUUUUGUGCAGGAGGGUGCAGCAAGGCAUUCACGUAACCCAGAGCUGUAUGAGCGGCAGGUGUGCCUGCUGCUGCUUCAGCUGUGUACUGGCCUAGAACACAUGAAGCCCUGCCACGUGUCACACUGCGACCUGCACCUGGAGAACCUGCUGCUCGUGCACUGCCAGCCGGGCGAUCCCUGGAACCUGGAGCUUCCAGAGCCCAACAACAACACGAUGUCUGCUUCGUCUGCCUGCCCGGCUCGCCUCAUCAUCAGCAACUUCUCUCAGGCCAAGCAUCGGAGCACCGUGCGGUACACUGAGUGUGAUGAGUUUCAGCUUGGCCUUCUAAUCUAUGAGAUGCUUCACCGACCCAAUCCUUUGGUGGAGGCAGCUGGCCUGAAGGAGAUGGAGCAACUGCCACCUCUCCCUACACGUUCCCUUUACUCGCAGGGCCUGCAGCGGCUGGCGAGUCUCCUGCUCCACACUGACGAGUCUGAGCGCAUUGGCGUUUCCGAGGCUCGUGCUUGCCUGCAGUGUCUGCUGUGGGGGCCACGUGAUGACCUCUUGCGUACUGCACCUCUUCCCACUCAGCGCCACGUAGCGCUGCAGAACUGGCUGGACUUGAAGCGUACACUCAUGAUGAUCAAGUUUGCAGAGCGCUCGCUGGAUGUCGGCCACGGCGGCGGCGGCGUCAGCCUGGAGGACUGGCUCUGCUGCAAGUACCUGGCCUUUGCCACCACAGACUCCAUUGACAGGGUUGUACGUGUUUUGCAGCAGCUCUGAGUCUGGAUGCUUCGCCCCAGAUUUGUGUGGACUGCCAGUCAGCUUUCAUAUCACAGGCCACCUGCCUUGUGGAGUCUGCUGGCACGUGCACAUUUGCGCUGUAUGCAUUUUGUUUUUGUUCGUUUUAUUCUUUUUAAUUUGAGGAACGUGCAAGACAUGUUUGUGCUUUAUUAGUUUGUGUCUGUGUUACUUAAGUAUUGAGUGGUGAAGAAUUUUAGAUCGAUCCUUUUGCUUUUGGAAAAGCUUCUCUUUUUUUUUUAACCAGCCAUGCAGUUGGAUUACAUUAUUAGAAAUUGUGUUAUUAGAAAAGCAGUCAGUGUUUUUCCCCCUGAUUGUUUUUUUUUUUAUAUAUAUAUAUAUAUAUACAUAUAUAUAUAUUUUUUAUCAAUGUGACAUGGUUUGCAGAAUGACUCACAGUUUGGCCUUCAUGAUAAAAUGCUUCCUUUGUUUACUCUAGCUGUUUGAGAGAGCACUGAUCUGGCAUCAGCAGCUGGUCUCCUGCGCUUUGACUUGGAACAACACUUUAGCUUUAGAGAUUUCAGGAUAUCACCAAGGGUCUGAGAGCUUUCAUACGUUUAUUAUGUUAUAGCAGUAGGUUAGUGUUGGAUGUAGUGGUCGACAUUUCUAGGUUUUAAAGCUGUGUGUAAAGCAGGGGUGUCCGAUCUCAUCCCGAAAGGACCGGUGUGGGUGCAGGUGUUCAUUCCAACCAAUCAGAAGCCACACCUGAGUCUGUUGAAAGCCAGGAUCAACUGAUUAAACAGGUGGAAUCGGGUGUGGCUCCUGCUUGAUCGGAAUGAAAACCUGCACCCACACAGGUCCUUUGUGGAUAAGAUUGGACACCCCUGGUGUAAAGCAUAAGGAGUUCAUUAAACCACAGCUAAGAUGGGAGAUAACACUGAGGGCCACAGUAUUUCUUCCAGUCGCUCUCAAUCUCUCGCUUUCUCCAUCAUCUCUUUAGUCAUGGUCCCCUGUAUGAGACGUCUAGAUGAGAUAGAAAGUUCAAGUAUUACUGAACGAAGCUACUUAAAAUUAAGACUAAUCCGAGUUCCGUAAUACAAUCUUGAGUGUGAGAGAGUCGAUGCAAAUGAUUCCAAAGCAGAUGGCGUGAGAUAUUUUUGUAACACCAGAAUUUACCAAAGCUUAAGAGACAGUCGCUGUCUAUUUUGACAUUGAACUAAUUAAAUCUUUGAAACAAAAUGUAUUUUUAAAGGUUUUAAUGCAUAGUCUCAUCUGAAGAAAUCAGUAAAGUUCUACGUUACUAAAAGUGUCCUUAUGCAAACACGUAUGGAGUAAAGCAGCCGGGUCCUUGGAUCCGGAACUGAAAGAUGCAGCCGGGGGCGGGGGGGAAGGGGGGGUGUUGGUGAAUGUGCACUGUGGUUAUAGGAGAGUCUGCAGCAUUCGGAUCAAAGUUCAAUUUCUCAUAAACCAGACAGUGAAAAGGGGGUAGAUCAGCCCCAGAGAAUAAUGGGUUGGAAUGGCAUACCUUUUUCUAAGGUAGAUCAUUUUUGUACCUUUAUGGAUUUAUGUGCAAUCAUUGUAAAUGAUAUCUGUUACGUAUGGAAGCAUGGAAGUAGUAUUUAAAUAUAGUUAAGUAUGUGCUUGAUAUUAUGCAGCAUUCAGUUAUACAGUUACUUCCUUUUGGCACAUAAUUAUUGACAAUGCCUGCUUCAAGGCACAGCUUAUUUUUUCUUUGAAACAUAAUUUCCACAAUAUUCACAAGCUUGGAUGAGAAGCACUCUGUGUGUGUGUGUGUGUGGUAUGUUAGUGUGUGAAAAUUUAGCAAAUGAUUUGUCAGGUAGUGCACAUACCUUUUAUUACAUUUUUGUUGUAUUACUGUGUGUGUGUGUGUGUGUGUGUGUGUGUAUGCAUUUCAUUUUACAUGGAAAGGGGCGAAGGAAGUGAGAAUGUGAAGCUCUGAAAUCAGCAGCAAGUCCCAGUGCUCUCUAUACAGGGACCAGUCAGCUACCCAGCUCACUCAGCUCAGUAGAGAAAAGCGAAGAGCCAUCUUGCAAAUUGUUAAUUGCUGGGAACCGUGAUCUUUUUUUUUUUUCUUCUGCAACCAGGAUAAGAGCAGCGAUGUGAGGUAAUCCGCUCUAGAGCAGUGCUUCUCAACCAGGCGUCCUCAGACCCCUUGUGAUCCGUGGCAUAAUUUCAGGAGGUCUGUGGGAUUGUUCCCAGUGAGCUCAGUGGUUAAGAUGUUAUAAAUAAUCUAUUGCUCCAAAGGUCAUGAGUUCAAACCCCAGCACUGCCAAGCAUGUCCCUGCUGGACCCCUGAGCAAGGCCCUUAACCCUCAACUGCUCAGUUGUAUAAAUGAGACAAAUGUAAGUUGCUCUGGAUAAGGACGUCUGCCGAAUGCAAUAAAUGUACGUACGUAUUUAAUACUUCAAAUACCUUUUUUUCAGGCCAUUAAAUGCGCAUUCACAGCUCGCUCACUGACCGAGCUUAGCUUUGCUCAUUCAGGAAGGUUUGCAAAAGUUUGUAUUGUGCCCAACACUGCUGGGUUAAACAAACGCAUGAUAAUACACAGAGAUCAAUCAAGCCGAGUGUAAUUUUAGUAAUAAAAUGUGUGAACAUCUUACUCUCCACCCAAGACUACGACUAUGAAAACUUCCGUUUCGAGUUUUAACAUUGAUGAGAAAAACGAGACGUGUACACCAGUGCGCAACAUGAAAUGCACAUGUCCGUGUAUAAAAACGUCACCGUUAAUGUUAAAGUCGCGCGAAUAGCAGACAGGAGAGCAAAUCUAAUACUGACCUGAAAAUGUAUUCCAUUUAACACUUGUUGGUUUAGGAAAAGGUGUAGUGUAGACUAUUAUAUUUAUUACAUCACAUUAUAUAUUAAUAUAUACAUAAUACAUGGUGGUGGGUGGGGUCUGGGAGGAUCAGUCAGAAUAUGCUAGGGGUACACAGCUGUAAAAGGUUGAGAACCACUGCACUAGCGUCGGGUGUAAUACAGAGACCUGGGCAGCCAUCGAGAAUAGCAGUGACGCAUUAGUCCUGAUUCAUUUGUGAUUAAUGCAUUGUAAAACAAAAAUAAAUAAAAACCGAUUAAAACAAGUUGCUGAUCUGCUCGAAUCUGAUUGGCGAAGAAAACGCUGAGUGUCUGACUGAGCUGUAAUUCAGCCGUGUUGCUGUCAGCUGCUGUCUGUCAGAAAAGAUUGAGACGGUUUGGUCAUUUUGUGCCUUUCCACUAGCAAGCAUCCUGAUGCCGCCGUGAUAGGAAUAGCUCUAAUGAGGAGACGUAUUAGUUCAGCGAGAGUGUGUGUGUGUGUGUGUGUGUGUGUGUGUGUGUGUGUUCCUUAUGAGACUCCAGUGUGCUGCUGAGCUGGUUGUUUGACUUGCUGGAGAAUCUUGGUGGACUGCACUGGUGGCUGUCCUUCCAUCAUGUGUUUUCUGUUUUGAUAUGAUCGUUUUCUAUAAUAGGAUCAGAAUGGUACACACACCACAACACUCUGUGUUCCAGGCUCACUAUUUCGUCUCGGCUCUAUCGUUUGUCCGUGGAGCCAUCGCCACUUCAUGCACAGCCAUGCUGCACAAUGUUCUGUAUGCUUUCUUUUCAGUUGUACUUCCAGCAGUGUAUUUUAUGGUUGCUUACCAAUGUACUUUAAUGGCCAAUGAAUAUAUAAAAGAGCUCUACUGGCUUUCUAUGUAUGUAUGUGUAUCUCAUGGCAUUUGGUGGCAUACAGCCAUUGUUGUCUUGAGUUAAUAUUACCAGUAGUAAUAAAAUGAUGAAUAUAUGUUUUUA